AUGUCAUCUGUGACGCGUGACUCUGCCGAUAGAAACGGUCGCAUUCUCCCGCCUGUAUUGGCCGUACUGGCCUGGGGACUGCGCCACGGGCCGUCAUUCCUCCGACCCGUCCACUCGCUUCGCUCCUUUGUCCCCAACCUGCACGUGUUCCGGUGGGUGGGCUCCGCCUUGUUCAGAUCAUUGACCUCGAGACCCUCGAAUGGCUACAACAACAUUCGCACGCUGCAGGGCCACGAGCACAGCAUCAGCACCGUCCGCUUUGUACCUAGCACGGCCGAGUUCAUGGCCAGUGGCUCCCGAGACAAGACGAUCAAGCUCUGGGAUGCGCGGGGGGGCAGAUACCUGCUUUCCGUGGCGGAUGACAAGACGCUGCGGUGCUGGGACUUGAGCCAGCAGGGGAGUUGCGUCAAGGUGCUCAAGGGCACGCAUGGGCAGUUUAUCACUUGUCUGCGAUGGGCGUCGUCGGGCGUCGUCGGGCGCCGCGCCUGCGGUCAAUGGAAGAGGCGGCGAGGUGCAGCGGGACUGCUUCAGUGA